UGUCCUUUUUGCAGCGGACGCGGAGCCCGGAUGGGAGCGGAUGCGGAGCGCAGCGGCGGCGGCGGCAGGUGCGUCUCCAAGUUGAGCCGCACCAGACAAUGGGAGUAGCGGCGGAGAGCUGCGGCAGCACCAGCACCGGCACCAGUACCAGUACCACCAGUACUACCACUAUCAUCAUUACUACUACUACUACUACUACUACUACUACUACUACUCACCCCUGGGACACGAGGACGCGGAGCGCGGACCGCAGCAGCGGCGGCAGGACGCGGACACCGACAGGGACAGGAAGACCCGGAGGCAGACCCGCACCUGCGCACCCCCCCCUCCGAACGGCGGCUCCGGGACCCACGGACCGAGGCUGCGUCCGGAGCGCGUCUGACACCGAACCGCAGCCGGAGGAGCCCGAAGGACCGGGUCCGCUUGGAUUUGGGAUUUAACACAGUCUGUCUGGACCCCGAGGCUCCGAAGCCGCCUCAGUCCCGGUCCGGUUCUGUUGGAAUAUGAUCCUCCGGAGCCGCCGCGGACGCGCACCGGCCUCCACCGUAAUUGGCUUUAAUUGUGUUCCAAUUAGCGGCAGCCUGUGAGCCGCUGCCCCCCCCUCCGGAACCCCCCCUCCCCCUCCCCUGCCUCCGCAGCCCCCGCCGGUGCUCUGCCUCCGUCCUUGGUCCUGUCCGUUUCGGGGGGGUGGAUUUUGGUGGGUUUUUCCGGUCGUGCUGUGGCGGCGCUGCAGGCACCGACGGCGGACACCGACAUGGUUCCACGGCCGCUCAGGUCAUGAGCUCCCCCCGGCUCGGCUCCGGGAUCUGAGGGCGCGCGCACCAUUGGAACGUUUGGGCUCACCUUGGAGGUCACCACCGGGACCACCGGCCCCCCUCCCCUCUCCUCUUUCUUCUCCUUUUCCACCUCUGAAGGAUUUUUUGGUGGAGUAUCCGUCCUCUCCGGAGUGUGACCCCCCCCCCCCCCCCCCCCGGAGCCACCUUCACCCCCCCCCCCCCCUCCUCACUCCGGCCAAAAUGUGCCGACUCAACGUGCUGGGGAUCUACCUGUGGCAGACGGUGGUGUUUAUCAGUUUGGCAGCAUCCAAAGAAGCGGCGGCGCGGAAAGCCGCCUCCCCAAUGCCGCCGUCCGAGUUCCUGGACAAACUCAUGGGCAAAGUGUCGGGAUACGACGCCAGGAUCCGACCCAACUUCAAAGUGUGGAACAAAGACCCCAAAGGCUCCAAAAAUGAAGCUACUCACAAGAAAGGUCCACCUGUAAACGUCACCUGCAACAUUUUUAUCAACAGUUUCGGGUCGAUUGCUGAGACGACGAUGGACUACAGGGUGAACAUCUUCCUUCGGCAGCAGUGGAACGACCCCCGUCUGGCCUACAGCGAGUACCCUGAUGACUCCCUGGACCUGGACCCGUCCAUGUUGGACUCCAUCUGGAAACCUGACCUGUUCUUCGCCAACGAGAAGGGCGCCAACUUUCACGAGGUCACCACCGACAACAAGCUGCUGCGCAUCUCCAAAAACGGCAACGUGCUCUACAGUAUACGAAUCACGCUGGUUCUGGCCUGUCCCAUGGACCUGAAGAACUUCCCCAUGGACGUCCAGACCUGCAUCAUGCAGCUGGAGAGCUUCGGCUACACCAUGAAUGACCUGAUCUUUGAGUGGGAUGAGAAGGGUGCGGUGCAAGUGGCCGACGGUUUGACACUACCUCAGUUCAUCCUCAAAGAGGAGAAAGACCUGCGCUACUGCACCAAGCACUACAACACUGGUAAAUUCACCUGUAUCGAGGCCCGCUUCCACCUGGAGCGUCAGAUGGGCUACUACCUGAUCCAGAUGUACAUCCCGUCCUUGCUCAUCGUCAUCCUGUCCUGGGUCUCCUUCUGGAUCAACAUGGACGCCGCUCCGGCCCGGGUGGGUCUGGGCAUCACCACGGUGCUGACCAUGACCACGCAGAGCUCCGGCUCCAGGGCGUCGCUGCCCAAGGUGUCCUACGUCAAAGCCAUUGACAUCUGGAUGGCCGUCUGUCUGCUCUUCGUCUUCUCUGCUCUGUUGGAAUACGCCGCCGUCAACUUCAUCGCUCGACAACACAAGGAGCUGCUGCGCUUCAGACGGAGGCGACGACACAUGAAGCCUGAGUCUUGGCCUGUGUUGCAGGAGGAUGAGACGGGCGACGGGCGCUUCAGUUUCCCCGGUUACGGCAUGGGCCCCGCCUGCCUCCAGACCAAGGACGGCAUGGCCAUCAAAGGCAACAACAACAACGCGCCAUCGGCGUCGGCGGCGCCCGAGAAGAGCAUCGAGGAGAUGAAGAAGCUGUUCAUCGGCCGAGCCAAACGCAUCGACACCGUGUCCCGCGUGGCCUUCCCGCUCGUCUUCCUCAUUUUUAACAUUUUCUACUGGAUCAUUUAUAAGAUCAUCCGCAGCGAGGACAUCCACAAGCAGUAGAGGAGGAGGAGGAGGAACCACUGGAGACCACGCCCCCUUUUCCCACCGACCACGCCUCCUCCUUCAUCCUCUUACUCUCUCAAGUUGCUUUUUGUGGCGGUGUGCCCCCCCCCCCCCCCCCCCCCCCAAGCCCCUUCCAGACAUUAUUUCACAUAUUUAUCGCUUGGUUUUCCCUCCUGACUCCACCCCCCCUGACCCCGCCCCUAGCCCCACCCUGUGACCCAGCUCUUUUACACCUCCUGGAUAAUCCAGACCAGUGCAAUAGCAAUGCAGUCAAAUGCAUGAUAUAUGAAUGUGGCAAUAUAUAAAUGAAAAGA